AUGUUCUGCUUACGGAGCUGGUUACCUCUGCUCUUCAUUCCAACCAACGCCUCCCCACUCUUCAUCAUCUCCUUCGUCACCCUCACCUACGUCCUCCAUCGUCCGUGUAUCUACUGUUCCGCCCUCCUCCUGAUCCUCUUCCUUUCCUCCUGUCACUGGUCCGACCGAUGCUUCUUCGACCUCCGCGGUGACUGGUUCUCGCCUCGCUUCACCACCUCCACCACCGCUGCCAUUCCCGACGGCGUGGGGUCUUUACAUCCCUCCUCCGCUUUCUACUCCCCCGCGAAUGCCUCGAUGCUGGCCCCCUCCGAAACCCUGGCCGAGUAUGUCUGGGAGACCGUCAACACUACUACCAAGGCUCUCGCCGCUGCCGUCGUCGACGAGGCUCAACGUCGUCUCGCACUGAAUGGCACCUCCGACGCGGCCGCCGGUAUAUCGGAUCUGCGCCAGGACGAAUGGACUGGGAUCGGACUGGAGUGGUUGCGCAGCUUGCUUGGACGACGUGAAUGGACGCUGCCGUGUGUGGAUGUCAAGGUUCGGUUAUAG